UUUGUACAGGCAGACUUCAUAGGAUACUGUGAUCAUCUUCAAGUGGUGGAAACGAAAGAAAAUGGAGGACAAGGGCAAAGGAAGCGAAAGAUGGAACGGAGCCAUAGGCAAUUUGACAGAAAUGGCUUUCAAUUUGGAGUCACUCCAGAAGCUACUUCUUAAAAAGGCUGUCUUUGUUGAAGAAGAGACCUUUGCCAAAGCCUCACUUUGUUCCGAACAAGCUCGAACCAUCAAGGUUCUUGAACAAAGGGUAGAAACUUUGGAAGGAGAACUUGAUGCUGCCAUUACAGCUGCUGCUCGUGCUCGGGCAGAAAAACGACAGGCUGGGGCAGCAGAAAAGGCUGCUGAGUUGCAUGCGCAAGAAGUUACAAAAGAGCUCGAGAACACCUCAAAGGUAUUUGAGCUGCACAUGGAAGAGUUGCGUGCCAAACAAGAAGAGAUCGCCAAGCAGCGUGAUAAGAAAUCAAAACUUUUGGAAGCUAUAAUUCAGACACUUGGGGGAAAAGAAUCGUCCUCGCAUUCAAAAAGAAGCUAGAAUAUCUAUGUUGUGAAAUUUUUUGUGUCAAGUUGGUUCUUUUUCUUUUUCUUGUAAAUUUACAUAGGAACAAUUCAAUGUGUCCACUUUCAAACAUAAAAAAAGUGUUUAAUUCGACUGGCUAA